CAAUAGCUCUACAUUACCGCUCUUUUUUUUUAACACUUUAGUGAGGACUUUGGACUAAUUCACAGAAACAUGUCAACAACCCGGUCAGGAGAAUCUCAGGGGAGUGAAUGGUUUGCAGAUUCCGUCAGAGGCCGGGGGCGUGUGUUCGUAAUCAGUUUUGUUCUUCACUUUGCCCCAGUUUUCUCUGUGCUCAGUGAGCUGCACUUACACAAGAGGAAAGGACGAUGAGGAAAGCAGCAGUGUUUGCACUUUUUCUGCUGAUCAUGGCUAUGGAGGGGAAUGGCGCUGCAGAUAAGAUGAAGGAAUCUGUGGCAGAAAACGCCAGGCCAAAGGAGAAGGUGAAGACAAAAGAGGCUGAGGCAACCAACACCAUUCCUGCAAGUGACAGCGCUUAUUCACCUUUUUCAGGGAAACUGCUGGUGAUACCCAUGGAUGGGAGUCACUGGGUGGGUAUUAAAGCAAUUGCCCAAGAAAUGGGUCGACGUGGACACCAGGUCACUGUGGUAAUACCUGAGAUCAGCAUACGGAUGGGCCCGGGGAAACACUAUGACACUGUGACCUAUCCUGUUCCUUAUGACAAGGCCUAUAUUGACUCCGUUAUGGCCACACACAAGGAAAUCAUGCAGAAAUCUGCACAGAAUUUCAUGGAUAAGAUAAAGAAACGGUUCUCACAGAUCCAGAGAAUUUCAGGCAUAAUUCACACCACUGCAGAGAGCCUACUGUUCAAUGACACCCUCAUCUCACAUCUGGCACAGCAGGGUUUUGAUGCCGUCCUGACAGACCCCAUGGUGCCUACAGGCUCUUUAAUAGCUCGCAAAUUGGGCCUCCCGACCAUUAAUUUGCUGAGGGGUAUACCGUGCUCCUUGGACAUGAAGGCUGCAGGCUGCCCCUCCCCAUCCUCAUACGUGCCUCGCUUUUUAACCGGAUUCACAGAUAAAAUGAACUUCAAGGAGAGAGUCAUCAAUACUUUGGUGGCUCUACUGGAACCGUUGUUCUGCAGACUGCUGUACUGGCAUUUUGAUAAAAUAGCCUAUGAGUUCCUGGGAGAGAAGGUGGGCAUAGCUGAAGUGCUGUCAGAUUCGGAUAUCUGGCUGAUGAGGAUUGACUUCACACUGGAGUUUCCACGUCCUCUCAUGCCUAACUUAGUGCUUGUUGGUGGAAUCAACUGUGAUGUGAAAAAUCCUCUACCUAAGAAGUUGGAGUCCUGGGUGUCAGGAGAGCACGGGUUUAUAGUGUUCACUCUGGGCUCUUUGGUGUCAGAUAUGCCAGAAGAAAUCACCUCUGUCUUCUUAGAGGCCUUCAGACAGAUUCCACAAAAAGUGUUUUGGAGAUACACUGGGAAGAUUCCUGACGAUGUCCCAGAAAAUGUGAAGAUGAUGAAAUGGGUGCCGCAGAAUGAUCUUCUGGCACAUCCUGGAGCUCGUGCUUUCAUCACUCACGCUGGCUCACAUGGUAUUUUUGAGGGAUUGUGUCACGCUGUUCCCAUGUUAAUGGUGCCACUUAACGGGGACCAGCCUGACAACGCGGGAAAGAUGGCGAGCAGAGGCGCAGGAGUUGUGUUGGAUAUAUUUUCUAUAACUACAGAAAGUCUUCUUCAGGGACUGAACAAGGUCAUCAAUGACAGCAGUUAUAGAGAGAAUAUGCAGAGACUGUCUGCUCUACAUAAAGACCGGCCAAUAGGCCCGCUGGACCUCUCAGUGUACUGGACAGAGUUUGUGAUGCGACACAAGGGGGCAAAACAUCUCUGGGCUGCUGUCCAUAAUCUCAACUGGUUUCAGUACUACUGCCUGGAUAUAAUAGCAUUAUUGGGUACUGUAUUGCUAGUUUUUGUACUAGUGACAGUUAAAUGUAUGAAACUAUGCUUCUGGAAAGUGAGCAGGAAAAGGAAGCAGGACUAGAAAGAUAACAUUAGGUAAUGUUGCUGAACCUGUAGCCAACAGACCUCAUUGUAAAACCCCAAGAACAUAAAGUCAGGAACUUAGCUAUACUACACAUGAAAAGUUUAAGUCUUUCCUAGAAUAAAACUGAGGCAUCUAAAACUAUUGGAUCGAGAAUAUAGAACCAUGUACGUCAAGAGUAGAUAAUAUAUACAUUACACAAAAAAUCGGAGCAACACGAAGAAAACAACAAACCGUUUAAUUAAUUCAUUAAAACGGCUAAUACACGGGCUCUCCUAAAAGAGGGAAAUGCAGGCCAGGCUACCUCAACUAAUUAAAAGUAAAGGGAUGUUACCUUUUUACUUUUUGCCUAGAGGUAACAGUAACUUUACCUUCAAUAGUGUCUUAUGCAUUUUAUUUGUUUCAUUUUAUUUCUAAACUGAACUGAGCUCUUAGAGUAAGAGAAGGAAAAAGAGCAUUUUUGUAAUAUUGUAAUUGUAAUAUACCAUUUUAUUGGUUAUUGGUUAUUGGAUUAUUGGUAAUGGAAUGGAAAUCAAUAAAGACAUUCAAAAAUAAAUAAAUAAA